UCACAGCCGGGUGCCCACUGGGUAUGCGCAAAAAGCGCUGCGCUUUGUGCAUGGCCCCGUAGUCUUCUGGGACCUGUCAUGUCUGCAGUCUCUGGUCAUCUCCUGUAGUAUGUCCGCAGUCUCUGGUCAUCUCCUGUAUCUCCUGUAUGUCCGCAGUCUCUGGUCAUCUCCUGUAGUAUGUCCGCAGUCCGCAGUCUCUGGUACUAUGUCCGCAGUCUCUGGUCAUCUCCUGUAGUAUGUCCGCAGUCUCUGGUCAUCUCCUGUACUAUGUCCGCAGUCUCUGGUCAUCUCCUGUACUAUGUCCGCAGUCUCUGGUCAUCUCCUGUACUAUGUCCGCAGUCUCUGGUCAUCUCUGUCCUGUACUAUGUCCGCAGUCUCUGGUCAUCUCCUGUACUGUCCGCAGUCUCUGGUCAUCUCCUUGCACUAUGUCCGCAGUCUCUGGUCAUGUACUCGCUGUACUAUGUCCGCAGUCUCUGGUCAUCUCCUGUACUGUGUCCGCAGUCUCUGGUCAUCUCCUGUACUGUGUCCGCUGUCUCUGGUCAUCUCCUGUACUGUGUCCGCUGUCUCUGGUCAUCUCCU